CCACCAAGCGUGGCCAUGGACUUCUCAGGUACAGAAUCCCCAAAAGAUACUGAGAAGAAGGUGCUUUCAUGGGAGACUGGGCAGGAACAUGAUGGAGGUUCUCCCUCAGUGGAAAACAGAAGGACAGUCCCAGACGGUGCUGGGAUCCCAUCUAGGUCACCUUCGCUUUGUGGAGAUAUUGAAGCAGUUACUGUGAAAUCAGAACAGAGUCCAGAGACCUUUGAGGAGAUGCAUUUCGCCGCAUCUCACCAAGGAGAUCUGGCUACUGUUAAUGCCAGGCCAAGUGGAUCCAGAGAAGAAAAUCCCAGAGGAGAGCUGUGGAGCUGCGGAAACCUGUCCUCUCCAGGUGUGGAGAGUGAAAACGAUAGAGAAGCGGAGCAUCAGAAAAUCAAAACUGAAGAAGAAAACAUUGCUCUGGAGGGCAUCGAUUUCCAUGAAAUUAUAGUGCCAGGGGAAAUUUGUGACGGGAACAACAAGAAUGUUCGAGAUGGAGAAAAACUGUUGAUAUGUUCUGACUGUGGAGAGAGCUUCACUCAGGACAUAUUCCUAACCGAACAUCGAAAAAUUCACCCUCAGGAGAAAAUGCGUACUUUCUUGGAGUGUGGAAACCAGUUUAGCUACAGCCCGGUCCUCACCUUGCCUCCGCGAUUCGGUGCCGUCAGAAAGCCCUUUGGAUGCUCUGACUGCGGAAAACAUUUCAGCGAAAGCCAAGGCCUUAAGAGACAUCAAAGGAUUCACAUGGAGGAGAAGCCCUUUAAGUGCCCGGAGUGUGGGAAAGGCUUCAUUCGCGGCCCAGGAAACUCAAGGCCCACCAGAGAGUCCACACUGGGGAGAAGCCCUACAAAUGCUCCGUGUGCGGAAAGAUGUUCACCCAGAGCUCCAACCUGA